CUCCUUUUUUCAUUUUUUCUUUUUUUUUUUUUGUUUUUUCGUAAUUUUCCAAUUUGUUUUUCAUGCACUAUUCAGAAUAGUGAAUAAACAAAAAUAUAUUUAUAGACAUUAUUCUCCUGUUUUCUUUCUUUACAUUGGAAUCAGAUUGGAGUUCUUCCAUUUCAUACCUUCAACCCUCAAGGGAGAGAGUUUAUAUAAGAAAUUCCUUCCAGAAUAAACGUAGUAUGAAGAUUUACAUAAAAGGGUCCACCACUGUAUGCCCUGCUCAAGAUACACCAAGUCAACGCCUAUGGAUUUCUACCCUAGAUUUACGAAUGAUGCAAAGGAAGCAUGUACCCCUUAUGUACUUCUACAAACCAACUGGCUCCUCUGAUUUCUUCCAAGCUCAAGUGCUCAAGGAAGCUUUAAGCAAAAUUCUUGUGCCAUUUUACCCUGUGGCGGGUAGGUUGGGAAGAGAUGAAAGUGAUAUAUCCUCAUAUCCGCUUCUUUUGAUACAGGUAACUACUUUUAAAUGUGGAGGAAUCUCCCUUGGUAUUCAAACUCAUCAUGCCUUGGCAGAUGGUACAUCGGCACUCCAUUUCAUUAAUAGCUGGUCUGACAUGGCGCGAGGACAGUUCCCCAAUGUUUCACCUUUCCUUGACCGCACCGUUCUUCAUUCCCUUGUGCCACCAGCUCCUUCUUUUCGCCAUGUUGAAUAUGAUUCAUGUCCAUCAAUGAUCACUCCCAUCUCAUUUCCUGGAAGUCUUUCUACAUCUGUCUUCAAGAUCACACAAGAUCACCUAAACAACCUAAAAGCCAAGUGUUACAAAAAUGGAACCACUACUACAAAGUAUAGCACCUACAAUAUCCUAGCUGCACAUGUAUGGCGUUGCGUAAGCAAAGCACGAUGCCUCUUACACAAUCAAGCAACAAAGCUAUCCAUGACAGUCAAUGGAAGGCCUAGAUUGCGUCCUCCCCUCCCAUCAGGCUACUUUGGCAAUGCUAUCUUUCGAGCUUCAACAAUAGCUCUAUCUGGUGAUAUCCAAACAGAACCGUUAGUGAAUACUGUAGAAAGAAUACACACAGCACUGAACCAGAUGGAUGAUCCAUACCUGAAGUCAGCUCUUGCCUACUUGGAGAAAGUUCCUCUCAAUCAAAUUUCUUCAUCACCAAGUGACCAUGAACAGCAAUGCCCAAAUGUUUUCAUCAACAGUUGGCGCUUCCCUAUUCAUGAUGCAGAUUUUGGGUGGGGUCAUCCCAUAUUCAUUGGACGGGGGAGUAUCGGUGAAGGGUGGAUAUACAUACUACCUAGCCCAACUGAUGAUGGUACCUGGACAUUGAUAGCAGGCUUAGAGACCUCUCACAUGAAGCUCUUUCAGCAGCUCAUUUGUCACAAGCUCAUUUGUAACCUAUGAUAUCCUCCACGGCUUAACCUAUGUUUGUCUACUCGGUGGUGAUGCUGAUUUUUAUAUAUAUAUAUAUAUAUUAAGUGCUUAGUAUUUUGAAGUCAUAUUUGUAGAGAAAACAGUGUUGAACAAAAGCAUCAAGUUGAA